AUGGAUGAAAACUUCCAUCUGGUGCUCCAACUGCUUCAAGAUAACUGCUCGAUACUUGGCUACAAAAUUUACACGUACGCGAGCACGAUGCACAAGGUGCAAGUGUUAGCCAACCUGGACUUCAAAAUCAGCGAAAUCGCGCUCGUGAUCGAGCUGCUAAUCGUGGCUCACAAUUGUUUUACCGCCGAUUGCAAUAUGGAAGGCAUCACCAUCAUUCUGAAGAAGUGUCAGAAGUGUUUCAAAAGUGUAUCAAAAAUUUCAAAAGAGACAGAGUUCCAUGUAAAUCUCGGCAAUCAUUCCGUGUAUAAAUAA